CAUACACUGAAUCCACCUUCUUCGUUCCAGAAUCGGUUUUGGUUCUCAGAAUGGGGAUUGCGUGGUUAUGGAAUCUGCAAAACCUGUGGCCAUUCCGAGUGGACGAGCUGAGAGAAUCGAAGCAAUUGGUGAAGAAACUGAGCAUUCCCGAAGAGACGAAGCAAUUCGUAUAUGCGGUGCAUGAUUCGCAAAACCAAUCCGUUGUUUACAUUCUCUCUGCUUUGAAUUUGUCGGAGCGAUCAGUCUCCGAUGCCGAAUGCCUCAUCAGGGAGAUCAAACCCGACGCCGUUUUGGUGCAGGCUGGGGUUUCCCCUUUCUACCAGCUUCAGUCUGAAGAGUGCUCUGUUCCGUUACCGACUUCGUCUUUUGGGGUAAUCAAACGUUGUUUUCUUGAUAAAAUUGGUAGGGACAUGUAUGAGAAUGUUGCAGGUAACUUUGUGUUGAGGGAGAUUUUCGGGACCAGUUUUCAUGGCCCCUUGUUGGCUGCCAAGAGGGCUUCUGAGGAUGUUGGAUCGUCUUUUCUUGUUAUAGAGUCUCCUUCUUGUUGGGGUAAUAGUAAUAGUAAUAGUAGUGAUAAUGAUAGCAAUUCUGGGGGUGGAGUUGAUAGGGGGAGUAAUUUUCGAGGUCUUGUUAAUAGCCUGGUUCCUCAGAAGCAUGCUGCUUCUUGGGCUCCUUCGGCUUUGAAAAGGUUUUCUCUUGAUAAGGACCUUAGGAUGAUGCUGGCCAAGGCUUUGUCUGGCCAUUUGGAUCCUGUUUUGCUUAGUAGUGGUAAUGCUAGUUCUGUUUUGGAGGGGGGUGAUGAAGAAAUUCAGCCAUUAACUAGUUAUGAGACCCCGGGUUUUGCCAGGUCUAUUUAUCCUUUGCUUGAGGAUUUGUGUAGUAUAUUUCGUGAUCUUCCAUCGCUUGGGAAGGCCCUGGCUCAUGUGCAGAAGAUGUUGUUGGGUGUGAAUAGAGGGGAGGUGCUGGACGAGAAAACUGUUUCUGAAGUGUAUACUUUCCGAAUUGCUGUUGAAGGGCUAAGAAUUGCUCUAAAUAAUAAGGGGUUGAAAAGUGCCGCCAAGUCGGAUAAGAUUGUGUUCUCGGAGCUUCCGGUUGAUGACAAGUCGCAUGCACUCUUGGCACAGGCGAUUCGGAGCCAGAGUGAUAAGUUUAAGACCAUUGUGGCAGUGGUAGAUGCUAGUGCCUUGGCUGGACUUAGGAAACACUGGGAUACUCCUCUUCCUGUUGAAGUCAAAGAGCUGGUUGGGGAACUGAUAACAAAUUCUGAAGGUAAAGGGGUAAUGUUGAAUCACAGUGACAAGAAACGGUUGUUAACAGAUAAGCCUAUGGUGGCAGUAGGGGCUGGAGCGACAGCAGUUUUAGGAGCUUCAUCGCUGACCAAAGUAGUCCCAGCAUCAACGCUGGUGAAGGUAGUUACUUUCAAAAUUCCAACUUCACUUAAAAUCGGUCUCAGCCAGAUGCAGAAAGUCCUUGCUUUUGUUUUUGGCCAAUCAAAAGUUGUGGCUCCAGGUUUUGCAACUUCUGGAGCCAAAACGUCCGGUAUCAUGAAGACAGCAUUAUCUGCUGAAAAGAUUCGAGUUGUUACUCACAGUGUUAUAGCGUCUGCUGAAAAAACGAGUAUUUCAGUCAUGAGAACGGCUUUCUAUGAAAUAAUGAGGAAGCGAAAGGUGCGUCCUGUUGGGUUCUUACCUUGGGCUACAUUUGCAGGCAGUAUUGGAACUUGUACAGGCUUGCUUUUGUGCGGUGAUGGGAUUGAGUGUGCUGUUGAGUCUCUCCCUGCAGCGCCAUCAAUUGCUAGUUUGGGUCGUGGGAUUCAGCAUCUUCAGGAGGUGUCUCAAGCAGUGAUGCAAACAGAAGGAAGUAGAAUCCAAGCAUCCAUAGAAUCUCUAAUAAAAAGAAUAAAGAAGGCAAGGGAUUGAUAUAGAUAGAUAGAUAAUAAAAUCAUUUUUUCUCUGCAGUUGUGAUUUUCUUCAUAAAGUGGUGAAAAUCGGAAUGGUUAGAGUUCAGGAAAUUCUUCUGUAUAUAGUUUUUUAUCUUAUAGAAAUUAUAAUAUUUUAGGCUGCUUAAAAUACGUCUUAUCUACACACACGCACACACGUAAUGAAGGCAUAACACAUGUUUCAAAUUAGAGUGGACAUGACAAAAGAGGAAAUUCCUUUUUUCUUUUCCUAACCAUUAUACUAUUCAUAUUCAUUGAAAUCACAAUUCAUUCAUCUUUCCAUUCAUUGGUGCAUGAUUAAAGUUUUUUUCUUCACAUUUGUGUCAACCGUCAACUCUUGAGCAGAUUUCUUAUCACUGAUAUGCAUAUUGUCAAGAAGAAAACCAGCAUCCGACAAAUUAGUUAGUGUGCUUUCAGCACUCAGACAAAAAGCCAGAUUAUUUUUGUGGUUCCUUUUUGCUGGAACCUAAAUCCAGGCCUUUUAUUACUUUAAAUUAUUUGGCACUAAAAUACUAUUUGGACUGAUUUGUUGACCAUUAAAGGUCCUAGCUUGUAAAUUUCUUUUACUCCUAGUGAUGCUGAAACUCAAUUUUGCUGCUAUAUUCUAAUUUUAUUGAAGUACCAUUUUUUAUUCUGACUAUUUGUUGAGGAAAAGGUACCAGGACAACGCUACUCAACAUUUUCCCCCUCCCACUUAAAGAAAUUCAGUUCAAAUUUCAUGAUCAAUUCUAUUUAAGGUGAAGAGGCAAAAACUCUGGACAGGUUAAAUGUUUUUUACUUAUUAUGCAGAUCAUGUUUUCUGCUUAGUAGCUAGAAUUGCACUAAAUGUAAUACUGUUAAGUAGCAUCUGGCUCUCACGAUACUUGUUGCCCUAAUUCCGAUAAGUUUUUUAUUAGUAUGAUUCGUACUAAUUUCAUAUCUUUCCCUCUGAUAAUUGAUGCGGUGAUUGAAUUAUGACAAUUUAAGCAGCAAAUGAGCUAUGACUUUGGAGUGCUCCUAUACUAAUAGAAGAGAAGUUUCAGUGGUGCCAAGUCUUGGCAUAUAUGCAUUUUUCCCGUCAUACUCCGACAUCCUCCUCAGUUUCUUCCCUUUCUCCACAUGACCAUUGUUAUAGCAUAUAUUUAUUUUUGCUCUUUUACAGUAUAGGUUCUAAAAACCAAUUUUACUCCUGGAACAUUAUUUUUUUUGGGUAAAAUAUUCCAGAAGUUACUUCUGUUUGACCUCUAUUUCUUUUCACUUUGUAAGGCUAUUUCUAACCUGUGUUCAAUUCCUUCUUCCUUCAGAUUCCCUAUGCUCUCCAAUUCUUUUUUAUCUAAUUUGUUAUGCUCUUCUUUUUGUUAA